AAGAAUUUGGUUUGCACGCCUAAUUUUUUUCUUCACUUGCUUGGCGCGUGUGUUCGGAAUCAAUUCCUGUACAGAAUGGCUGCUGCUGCUCGAAGGACAGUUACUCUUAUCCCAGGCGACGGCAUUGGCCGUGAGAUAUCUGGCGCGGUGCAGAAGAUUUUCAGUGCUGCAAAUGCGCCAGUUGAAUGGGACGUUCAGGAUGUUACCCCCGUUCAACUCCCCGAUGGUCGGACUGCCAUUCCUCAGUCAGUUGUUGAUUCAGUAAACAAGAACAGGAUUGGACUGAAGGGGCCUCUAAUGACACCAAUCGGAAAGGGAUUUGUCUCUCUGAACCUCACGCUGCGGAGAACGUUCGAUUUGUACGCCAAUGUACGACCAUGCCGCUCACUGGAGGGAUACAAAACUCCUUUUGACAACGUCAAUUUAGUUACAAUUCGCGAAAACACAGAAGGCGAGUAUUCUGGAAUCGAACACGAGGUCACCAAGGGAGUGUUUCAGUCGGUCAAGCUGAUCACGAAGAAGGCGUCAAUGCGAGUAGCAGAAUUUGCGUUUGAUUACGCCCGGAGCAAUGGUCGCCGCGGUGUCACAGCCGUGCACAAGUCCACGAUCAUGCGACGAUCGGACGGUCUGUUCCUACAGUGCUGCCGUGAGGUCGCCGAGCGGCCCGAGAACAGCGGCAUUGACUACCGGGAGAUGAACAUCGACACGACGUGCCUUCGCAUGAUCAUGGAGCCGAAGGAAUUCGACGUGAUGGUUAUGCCCAACCUGUAUGGUGACAUUCUGUCCGAUCUGUGUGCUGGACUUGUUGGUGGUCUCGGACUGACGCCUAGUGGCAACAUUGGUGCCAACGGCGUGGCCGUGUUCGAGGCUGUCCAUGGCACGGCACCCGACAUCGCUGGCAAGGACUUGGCGAACCCGACCGCCCUUCUGCUCAGCGGCGUGAUGAUGCUCAAGCACAUGGAAAUGGUGGAUGUGGCACAGAAGAUCGAGAGUGCAGUGUACGAAGUGAUUCGCGACGGCCAGCACCUGACGCGGGAUCUUGGCGGUCAAGCGAGAUGUUCCGAUUACACGGCCGCCGUCUGCGAAAGAUUACGGUAAUCUGGGCUGGGUUUGAAAAUAUGGUGCGACAGUGACUCUAUUUAUUAAUUUUUUUCGUGUUCUAGCCUAGACCUUCAGAUUUCAGUGCCAUCAUGUGUGUACAUGCUUGCGACUGCCGUGCAGGGAGUCGUCAAAUACCUGGCAUUUGACGACUCCCAGCUGCUGCUCUGAAUUCAAGCUAUCUCUUGUAGGGCACAGUUCUACCCUGGUAUGGUGGUUUUGCGCGAGUCUGCGGCCAUUCACAUAAUCACAUAUUUGGCCUCUCCCGCGUAAUAUGCCAUGUUUUGCAGAGUGGGCACAAAGUUAGUGCCCAUUUGCAGCGGGAAUUUCCAAAUUGCGUUGCAUUAUUAUCGCAUAGUACAGGUCGUCCCUCGUUAAUACAUAAUCUCUGGGACUUGAGAAAUGUUAUGUAUUAACGGGGUUUAUGUACUAAACGAAAGUGUACAUAAGUCCUGUCCCCCGUGAAUUCCGCGGAUUGCAGAAUUUCCGCAGAAUCCAGCAGUGUCCGCGGAAUUCAGAAAAUCCCACGAAAUAUUGCAGAAAAGAGCGAAAACUGCUUUUUCUGGAGACUUGUGAUGUAUUUCACAGCCAAAGCAACCUGCUCGUGACUUUCAAAAUCAA